CCUAUCAUCGGAAAUCUGAAGGUCCCCGAUGAGCCUUCCUACAAGGAGUACCGACGGUGGAGCGAAGAGCUCGGACAUCGUCCGCAUCAACGUGCUGGGCACGAAUAUCGUCGUGACAAACACGCUCGAGGCGUCCGCGGACCUACUCGAUAAGCGUUCGCUGAUAUACUCCAACCGGCCGACCCACGGGUUGACGAUGAUGCGAGACCUCUGUGGCUUUGACUGGGCGGUCGCCUUUGCGCAGCCAGGAAAGUACUGGCGUGAACAGCGGAAGGUCUAUCAGCGCGAAUAUCAUCCGCAGGCCAUCAAGCGCUACCGGCGGACCGAGACGCAGGCGGCUCACACGUUCUUACAUAACUUGCUCGCAUCUCCAGAAGACUUCUUCCGGCACACUCGAUAUGUACUCGGCCAAGUUUUGAUAUACAGUGCUUACGGAGUUAAGACGAAGAAUCAUGACGAUCCCUUGAUUGCGACUGUGGAACACGGAGUCGAAGCAGCGGUUGCCGCGAUGAGUCCUGGCCAGUUCCUCGUCGAUAUCCUUCCCAUAAUGAAAUACAUCCCAGCAUGGUUCCCCGGCGCAGAGUUCCAGCGAAAAGCAAAGGUGUGGCGUAAGUCUGUCCACAAGCUGCUCCACGUACCCUUUACGCUGGCGAAGAACCUGCAAGAUGCCAGCGAGUUGCCCGACGACUGUGCGGCGAAAUCCUUCCUGGCUGAUGUCAUCCCCUCCUCCGCCGAUCCCACAUAUAUGGAGUACGUCGUCCGUUCGGCCCUGGCAGGAGCAUAUUCAGCUGGUACCGACACGACCGUGUCCGUUCUCCAGUCGUUCUUCCUCGCCAUGACACUCUACCCUGACGUGCAGAAGGAGGCUCAGCGCGAGAUCGACAGUGUUUGUCGUGGACGCUUGCCCGACUUCUCGGACUACGACGCCCUGCCAUACGUGCACGCCAUUGUCAAGGAGAUCCUGCGGUGGAACCCUGCCGUGCCUCUCAACAUCGUGCACGCCUCUGCGCAAGACGACGUCUACAGGGGCUACUGCAUCCCGAAAGGCUCGCUCGUCGUCGCAAACAUCUGGGCGAUAUUACACGACCCAGCCGUCUACGCCGACCCUGAGUCCUUCUGCCCCUCCCGCUUCCUGCGCAGCGACACGAAUCCCACUCCCGAGCCGGACCCCGACGCUGCCUACGGCUUCGGUCGGCGCAUCUGCGCGGGGCAGUACCUCGCACACGAGAUGCUGUGGAUCACCAUCGCGUCGGUGGUGGCCGCGUUCGACAUUGUGAAAGCGAAGGACGAAGCCGGGCGCGAGAUUGUGCCGCCGGGAGAGUAUCAUUACGGGUUUAUGCAGUUGCCAAAACCGUUUCGGUGCGAGAUACGCCCCCGGUCGGUGGAGCACGAGAAGCUUGUGUUGGGUGCCGUCGAUCUCUGAACAACGCCGCGGCGUCACGCCCCACUCUGGCUGUCGGGAACGGCGUUUGUUGUGUCGGGCAGCCAAAUACAGGCAAAAAAUAGCGACGCUUACCAUCAACCAGACUCUCCCUGUCCCUAUAUAACUGUUUGUU